CCAAAUCAUGUUGAAGGCGGAAGAGUCAAACAAUCGUUUUGGCCCUCUGCAAGUGUCAUUUUUGAAGUACUCCAGUCUUUCUCACCGUCCAUCAAGGAGAACCUAACGAUGUCCAAGCCUGGACAGUUUCGAGCUGAUCUCCCCGAGCUUGCUCGCCAUCUGCUCCUUAAUGGCCCUCACAGAAUCCAGAAAACUUCCCGACGCGUUCGAGUCAUCCUAAAUCAAGCGUACAUUGUUGACACAACCAACGCGAUCCAUGUGUGGGAGCACGUUGCCUACCCGCAGUAUUACGUGCGUAUGUCGGAGCUCCAAAACUGCAGUUGGAAAGACAAGGAAACCGUUUAUUCUGCUGGAGAUUCACCAGUCGCUGCGGCCCAUGUGGUCGAAGUCACUGUUCCAGGGCAAAACGGUGCCAAGGAUUUAGUGACCGAUCGGGUCUUACGAUUCUCUGAUGAUGAGGAGCUCAAUGGUGCAUUCAAAGGCCUGGUAAGACUGGAAUUUGGGAGUAUGGAUCAAUGGUUAGAAGAAGAAACGCCCAUCUACGUUCAUCCAAAAGAUCCGUUCAAGCGCAUCGACAUUCUUCCGUCUUCGCGACCCGUCGAAGUCAAAGUCGCCGGAAGGAGCGUUGCUAAGACCAACUUUGCCGUCCAUUUGCUAGAAACAGGCCUGCCUACGAGGUACUAUCUUCCAUUGGCCUCAGUUGACCAAUCGGUACUUCGGAAGAGCGAACUAGUCACGAAAUGCCCCUACAAAGGCGAUGCAGAAUACUACCACAUUGUAGUCAAUGGCGAGGAGCACAAGGAUCUUGUCUGGUACUACAGGAAUCCGACGCAUGAGAGUGCAGGCAUAGCCGGUUUAUUGUGUUUCUACAACGAGAAGGUUGACAUCUUUUUGGACGGUCAGCUUCUGGAAAGGCCCGUGACUUUCUUUUCCUGAAUUCAAGUAUAACGAAGGAAAACAGAUCAAAAUCUUGUGAUUGUCUGGAAACUAUACCGAACGAAACGCGGUCAAAGGUUCUCUUGGAAGAGGGAUACUUGUAAAUCAUUGAGAAGGACAGAAACUGCUAGGGGGCUUUUCGUGUUGUUGUAUUUCUUGAUUGUCAAGUUAGGGAUACAUGUUAUACAUUUCUGCGCUCUCUACAAUCUGGACUUUUGAAAGUGGGCCACCGGGGCAACUAUGGUUGGUGCUACCCAUUACGUAGUUUAAAAUAUACUUAUCAAGGGCUUCUCUUCAAUCAACAAGAAUGCAAAAAGCAUCUGUAGCAAG